UUUGCCUCUGACAGAGGCAGACGUGUGUUUGUGGUGCUCCGUAAAUUCCCAUAUUUUGUGCGUUUAUAGUGCACUUUCUUUUGACUGUUAUACAUCUACGUCUUGGAAAUUUUCCUGUGAUUGUGGACAUUUCACUCUUUUCGACGGUAUGUGAACAUUUUCCGAGAUAUAUUCGUUUUUCGUCAAUUUUAAUCCAGUUUUUUAGCGAAUUUAUAUUUCAAAUUUGAACACUCUGCGUAGCAUCAAAACAAUUGUGCGCAAAAAUAUUGCGCCAUACUAGUUAAGUUACGCAAAGGACCAGCAGAUACCAACGCAGCAACGUAACCAUGGAAACUUUACCAACAAAUUUACGUGGACUCCGCGUGAAGCAACUACGUGCUGAGUUACAGAAAAGAGGUAUGCAUACAAACGGAGUAAAGGCGAUCCUUCUUGAAAGACUAGAAAAUGCAGUAGGCCUAGACGAAAUAGGGAACACUAAUGCCGCUGGUGAUGUAGAUGAAGAUAAACAUGAAAAGCCAGAUGAUGUCUUCAAUGAUGACGCAGACUGCCGACAACUACUGCAUAAUGUACUGAGUGAAAUAAAAGGCUUGAAUAGUAGGCUAGAUACUAUCGAGAAGAAGUUCAACAAUCUAUUCGAACAGCAUACUUCUACUUCUACUUCUACGACGAUACUCAGCAGGAUCCAUAAGUCAGGAUGUAGUGCAAGGGAGAAGGAGAAGGAGAAGGAGAAGGAGACGGAGAAGGAGAAGGAGAAGGAGCAAGGGAAUCUGAGGGCACAACAACAAGUAUCUAGGCCUACCACCAAAUAUUUCCCGACAAUUGCUACGCAUAACCGGUUUGAAAUACUAUCCGAGAUCACGGAAUCAGACAACAGUGCCAAGAGUGUAUCAAUGCCAAUUGAAGAUCAACUUCGUGACUACAAGGCCAAGCACCUGAAGUUGUUCUCCAAAACCAACAUCACCCAUUCUGAAGUUAUCUCUGAUGACGCAACUGAUGACAGCGACGCAACUGUUGACAACGACGCAACUGAUGACAGCUCAGACCGAUCUUUGUCAACACCUACUAGUACUACUUCUACUUCACCACCAUACCAUGAGCAGAUAGAGGGAUACCGCCACCGACAUAGUGUGAUCCGCAACAAACGAGAUGUAGUUGUGGUCGGUGAUUCCAUGAUAAAACACAUCGACGGAAGACAUCUCUCCCGCAGCAAGAAUGUGAGGUGCGUCUCUUUUCCCGGUGCAAAAGUGAGAGACAUAUUCACCUCUUCACCUUGCGAGUUUCUCAAGCCAGGGGGAGAACUGAUCAUCCACGCUGGCACCAAUAACAUCUCUGAGGGUGCUGGUGAAGUUUGCCACCAAAUCACAGACCUCGGCAAGUCUGUUGCUGCCGAGGGGUUUAACGUCUCAGUCUCUACGAUCAUCCAUCGUAGAGGGGAGAGUGAAGCGGACAAGAAGCGGGUUGAUGAGAUCAACUAUCUGAUGGAGUUGGCAGCCAGCGAGAACAGAUGGGGCCUCAUCAUCAACAAUGAUAUCAGCGAGCAGCAUCUCGGGCGUGAUGGCGUUCACCUCAACAGAGCCGGUCAACGAAUCUUGGCAGGCAACCUGAAACGCCUCAUCAACAGUGCUGACCAACCGACAACACGAGGCCAUGGCUGGACUCAACGGUCGUCCGAUCAAGUUACAGGCAGUGAACCUGGAGCAAGGCGGCAUCAAGCCAUCUACCGAGAAAACCAGAGUCUUCAUUCUGAUGAGGAGAAAAGCAGCCCCGUAAAGUCCUACGCCGAAUCUGUUUCUGGGAGAUCUUUGGAUUUCAGUGCAGUCAAACAGAGGUCACGACUGAAACCAGCCUUCAGACCAUCCAAGGUGGACAUGAAAGACUGGGCGAAAUAUCUUCAAUUUGUAAGAAGGGUAUUGAAUUAAGUGAAAGUUUGACAAAAUCUAGUGAUGAUCCGAAAAUUAUAGUUGA